AUGGUAGUAGAGCAUUAAGAUAUCAAGCAAAUAAAUAUUUAGCUUCUAGGUAGUUCUUAACAAAGCUUGUAGUAUCUCAUUCAAAAGUAUUGUGAUAAUAAACUAAAUCACUAAUAAAGCUCAUAAAAUUGUUAAUUUAUAGAAUAUGAAAAGACAAAUAUCUGUGUCGAAAAUAAAAAUAAAUAGGUUUAUUUUUGGAAUGAUUUUGGUUUCGACCAUGUUGAAGAUAAGAAUUUGAAACUUAGAUUAAAGAAUGUGCAUGGAGUUAUUUUUUUGUAUGAUAUAAAUAAUUAUCAACAUUAUUUAGAAACAUGCCAAAGAUUUUUUAGAGUUCAAAUAUUAGAAGAGCUUUUAAAAUAAAAAUUUUCUAAAGUUAUAAUUGGAAUAUAAUAAAAUCAAUCAGAACAAAGGUAGGUGUCUAAUAAAGAAGCUUAAGAUUUUUCUCUUUCUACUGGAGCAAAGUUAUAUGAAUUGUUUUAAUUUCAAUAAAUUAAUUUCGAUGAGUCUUUUAACUACUUAAUUUAAGAAAUAUUAAGAAUUAGUAAUAUUGAAUAAAAAUAAAAAAAUUAAUCUUUAUAAAUAUGA